GACUCGCCGGCGAAUGGAGACGGGGUAUCGUCGACCGAGAAAGAGCCUCGGCAUUUUGGCAGUUGGCGGCGCGCAAAUUGAUUCGUUCCGUGGAUCCACCAGUCUUCAUGUGGGAGAAUCACUCCAGACUCGCGACCCUUUCUUUUCUUCUCGAUCCCCUUUUGUUUCAUUUUCCCCUUUCUUCUUCUGUGUUUUCAUAUCAGUGAACUCUUUUCGGUCUUUUCGUUGAAGACCAGGAAAGAAAAGUUGACUCGCAAGAAACAUUCGCGUUCUUGACCCACAUCUUAUCUUUGAGCCCUUUCAACUCAUUACCCCAGAAUUAUCGGCCGAGAAUGAGUCGCCACGGUGACUUUGAGGCGGUCCGCAAGGAUAUCGCUGCUCAACUCCAGAAGCCCGGAUACGACGAUGGAAGCGCAGGCCCAGUGUUUGUGCGUUUGGCAUGGCACUCCGCGGGUACCUAUGAUGUCGAAUCCGAUACUGGUGGUUCUAACGGCGCCGGCAUGCGAUAUGAAGCAGAGGGUGGCGAUCCGGCCAACGCGGGUCUGCAACACGGUCGGGCUUUCCUGGAGCCCGUAAAGGAGAAGCACCCGUGGAUCACAUACUCGGACUUGUGGACUUUGGCAGGCGUAGUCGCAAUCAAGGAGUUGGGCGGGCCGGAUGUCCCCUGGCAAGGUGGACGAACCGACUUGGUCGAUGACUCCAAGGUGCCACCUCGUGGCCGACUCCCCGAUGGUGCCCUGGGCGCUGACCACUUGCGAUUCAUCUUUAACCGCAUGGGCUUCAACGAUCAAGAAAUCGUUGCUCUGUCGGGAGGUCACAACCUCGGUCGCUGCCACGGCGACCGCAGUGGAUUCGAGGGUCCCUGGGUAACGAACCCGACCCGGUUCUCCAACUCCUUCUUCAAGUUGCUGCUGCAGCUGGACUGGAAGCCCCGCAAGUUGACAACGGGCAUGACCCAGUUCGUAUAUGAGGAUCCCGAUGCGGAGGAGGAUGAGGAGCCGCUCAUGAUGCUGCCGACCGAUAUGGCGCUGAAGACCGACCCGGCCUUCCUGCCCUGGGUGCAGCGUUAUGCUGAGGACAAGGAGCUGUUCUUUGACCACUUUGCCAAGGUCUUUGCCAAGUUGGUCGAGCUGGGUAUCCAACGUGAUGCCAAGGGCAACGUGAUCAACACCGACAACCUGUUGGGUGGUUACGUGUCUGCCCCCAAGAAAAGCAACGUGGCCACGGGUCCUAGCAAGGCCAAGGGCGAGCCUCGUGCUCGUCUGUAAGCGGUGUUGUCUGCUUCAUGUUUCCUUUUGUUGAUCCUGUGCUUGGCUUUUCGAUUUUCCUGUUGUGUGAUUGCGUUGGAUGAAUUCCCCCUGAGUUAAUAGAUCUGGCCAGUCAGUAUAGAGGCUAGGCAUAGACAUGUAUAUAGAUCAUAGAUUAUGAGUGAAAGAUAUCUGAUAAUCUUCAUCACCCGUG